AUGGAUGGAGAUGACGAACUUGUAGACUGUGAGCUACUUAUUGCCUCACCCACAUCAGAUGCAGAAAUCCACUAUCUUACUGAUUCGUCUUCCUCUUCUGAGAAGGAUAGUGAGCUUUUGCAGAACACAGAUGUAAAACUGUGUACUUCUUUUGUCUCAGUUGAGAAAAAGAUUGACCUAGAAGUUGGACAUUCUGAUGAACGUGCUAAUCGUCGUCCUGCAAACUCAGCAACCACUGAUGAAUCUUUGGGUGCUGAAGAGCUAGGUGAAGAGGAAGUCAACGAGGCGGCUGAUAGUGUUUUGGCACUUUUCACCGAAAGUGACGUAAAAAGUGGUGCUCUUCCUGUGCCAUUGCAAAAA